AUGGAGAAGCAGAAGCCCUUCACGUUGUUCGUCCCACCGAGGCUGAGCAGCAGUCAGGUGUCGGCUGUGAAACCGCAGACGGCGGGAGGAGACUCCAACUACUUCAAGACUGUCAACAAAUGCACAGAAGGUGAUUUUGGUGUUCCAUUUACAAUGUCCAGUCUAUCAAAAAAUCGGGAAAACAUUGAUACAGAUCCCGCUUUUCAAAAACUUAGCAUUUUGCCCAUACUCGAACAGGUUGCAAAUUCUGGCAGUUGCCACUAUCAGGAAGGAGUAAAUGACUCUGAUUUUGAGAAUUCAGAGCCAAUGAGCAGACUGUACUCAAAGCUGUAUAAAGAGGCUGAAAAGAUAAAAAAGUGGAAAGUGAGCAUAGAGUCUGAACUGAAGCAGAAAGAAAAUAAGUUGCAAGAAAACAGAAAGAUAAUUGAAGCCCAGCGAAAAGCCAUUCAGGAACUUCAGUUUGAAAAUGAAAAAGUAAGCUUGAAAUUAGAAGAAGAAAUUCAAGAAAAUAAAGAUUUAAUCAAGGAGAAUAAUGCUACAAGACAUUGGUGUAAUCUACUCAAGGAAACCUGUGCUAGAUCUGCAGAAAAGACAAAUAAAUAUGAAUAUGAGCGAGAAGAAACCAGACAAGUUUAUGUGGAUCUAAAUAAUAACAUUGAGAAAAUGAUACUAGCUUUUGAGGAACUUCGUGUGCAAGCUGAGAAUGCCAGGCUGGAAAUGCACUUUAAGUUAAAGGAAGAUCAUGAAAAAAUCCAACAUCUUGAAGAAGAAUAUCAGAAGGAAGUAAACAACAAGGAAAAUCAGGUAUCACUACUAUUGAUCCAAAGUACUGAGAAAGAAAAUAAAAUGAAAGAUUUAACAUUUCUGCUAGAAGAAUCCAGAGAUAAAGCUAAUCAAUUAGAGGAAAAAACAAAAUUACAAGAUGAAAACUUAAAAGAAUUAAAUGAAAAGAAGGAUCAUUUAACAUCAGAACUUGAAGAUAUUAAAAUGUCCAUGCAAAGAAGUAUGAGCACUCAGAAGACUUUAGAGGAAGAUUUACAGAUAGCAACAAAAAUGAUUUAUCAGCUCACUGAAGAAAAAGAAGCUCAAAUGGAAGAACUCAACAAAGCUAAAACUACUCACUCACUUGUGGUGACUGAGCUUAAAGCCACUACAUGCACCUUGGAGGAAUUACUGAGAACAGAACAGCAAAGAUUGGAAAAUAAUGAGGAUCAACUGAAACUGAUUACUAUGGAUCUCCAGAAGAAAUCAAGUGAACUAGAAGAGAUGACUAAAUUUAAAAAUAACAAAGAAGUGGAACUUGAAGAAUUAAAAACCAUAUUGGCAGAAGACCAAAAACUUUUAGAUGAAAAGAAACAAGUUGAGAAGCUUGCUGAAGAAUUACAAGGGAAAGAACAAGAACUAACUUUCCUUUUGCAAACCAGAGAGAAAGAAAUCCAUGAUUUGGAAGUACAAGUAACUGUCACUAAAACAAGUGAAGAACAUUAUUUAAAACAGGUUGAAGAAAUGAAAACUGAGCUUGAAAAAGAGAAACUUAUGAAUAUUGAAUUAACUGCAAACUGUGACAUGCUUUUGCUUGAGAACAAAAAAUUGGUACAAGAAGCAAGUGAUAUGGUCCUAGAACUCAAGAAACAUCAAGAAGAUAUCAUUAAUUGCAAAAAGCAAGAAGAAAGGAUGUUGAAACAAAUAGAAACUUUGGAAGAAAAAGAAAUGAAUUUAAGGGAUGAACUGGAAUCAGUAAGAAAAGAGUUCAUACAGCAAGGAGAUGAAGUUAAAUGUAAAUUGGACAAGAGUGAAGAAAAUGCUCGAAGCAUUGAAUAUGAAGUUUUAAAGAAAGAAAAGCAGAUGAAGAUAUUAGAAAAUAAGUGUAAUAAUUUAAAGAAACAAAUCGAAAAUAAAAGCAAGAAUAUUGAAGAGCUUCACCAGGAGAAUAAAGCCUUGAAAAAAAAAAGUUCAGCAGAAAACAAACAACUGAAUGCAUAUGAGAUAAAGGUCAAUAAAUUAGAGUUGGAAUUAGCAAGUACCAAGCAAAAAUUUGAAGAAAUGAUUAACAACUACCAGAAAGAAAUUGAGAUAAAAAAGAUUUCAGAAGAAAAGCUUUUGGGAGAGGUUGAGAAAGCCAAAGCAACAGUUGAUGAAGCCGUAAAGUUACAGAAAGAAAUUGAUUUACGAUGCCAACAUAAAAUAGCUGAGAUGGUAGCACUUAUGGAAAAACAUAAGCACCAAUAUGAUAAGAUUGUUGAAGAAAGAGACUCAGAAUUAGGACUUUAUAAAAACAGAGAACAGGAACAGUCUUCAGCAAAGGCUGCUUUGGAGACUGAAUUAUCUAAUAUCAGAAACGAACUUGUAUCCCUUAGGAAGCAACUUGAAGUAGAAAAAGAAGAAAAAAUUCUGACCCUCAGCCAGGGUCUUAUGCUUUCCGGACUGGAUUCUAACUCGCUAUGUAGUUGGACUUAUAACCCUCCUGUCUACUUUUUGAAUGGAAGUCAGGAUAUCAGCACGUAUUUAUCAGGGUAUCAGCAGAAACCAGGAAAAUCUCCUAAGCUCAUGAUCUAUGGUGCAGAUGUUUUGGAUGAUGAUGUCCCAUCAAGGUUCAGUGGCAGUGGAUCUGACACAGUUUUCCCUCAAAAUCAGCAGCCUACAUCCUGA